AGGAGGAGGAAGGAGAGAAGGCCCGGAGCCUCCGGAGGGAGAGGAGGAGGAGCGGGCCCGGUGUGUGAGGCGAGGCCCCCGGCCGCGUCCCUUUGAAACCGCCCCCCCUUCAACCGCUCGCUCUCUCUUUUCCCUUUCCUUCCUUCCCUCACAACAUGUCGGCGCCGGCGGCCAAAGUCAGCAAGAAGGAGCUCAACUCCAACCACGACGGGGCCGACGAGAUCUCAGACAAAGAGCAGCAGGAAGCGAUUGAACAUAUUGAUGAAGUACAGAACGAAAUAGACAGACUGAAUGAACAAGCCAGUGAGGAAAUUUUGAAAGUCGAACAGAAAUAUAACAAACUCCGCCAGCCAUUCUUCCAGAAGAGGUCGGAACUGAUCGCCAAAAUCCCCAAUUUUUGGGUAACAACAUUUGUCAACCACCCACAAGUAUCUGCACUGUUGGGCGAAGAAGAUGAAGAGGCGCUGCAUUAUUUGAUUAGAGUGGAGGUGACGGAGUUUGAAGAUAUCAAAUCAGGUUACAGAAUAGAUUUUUAUUUUGAUGAGAACCCGUAUUUUGAAAACAAGAUGCUCUCCAAAGAGUUUCAUCUGAACGAGAGUGGGGACCCGUCGUCAAAAUCCAGUGAAAUCAAGUGGAAAUCUGGAAAGGACCUGACAAAGCGCUCCGCUCAGACACAGAACAAAGCCAGCCGAAAGCGGCAACAUGAAGAGCCGGAAAGCUUCUUCACCUGGUUCACCGACCAUUCUGAUGCGGGGGCCGAUGAGCUCGGGGAGGUCAUCAAGGACGACAUCUGGCCGAACCCGUUACAGUACUACCUGGUCCCCGAUAUGGAUGACGAAGAAGGCGAGGGGGAAGAGGACGAUGACGACGACGAAGAGGAAGAAGGCUUGGAGGACAUUGAUGAGGAAGGUGAUGAAGAUGAGGGUGAAGAAGAUGAAGAUGAUGACGAGGGAGAAGAAGGGGAGGUUAGAACCUGAAGCCUAAUUCUUAGAAUGACCCCAAUUCAGAGGAUGAAGGCGAAGAUGACUGAAACUCACUGACAGAUUCCAACCACCCUCUCUACCCCCUUUCCCCUCUCCAGUCCCUGGGAGCAAG